GAUGGACAGGGGGAACUACGCGUACCAUCCGGAGCUUUAGUGCCCGAUGGACGUGCCGUAACUGUCUGUACAUCCGGAAGUGCGACUACACUCUCCCCGUGAGGGCGGCCGGAAACAGGUCCUUCGGCAAGGUCAUGUCUCUGCCGAAGGCUCCUGGCGAAUGGUAGUCGGGCGAAGAGAAGACAACUCUGGAAGAUCACCCCAAUCCAAGACGGAACAGCCAGCGUCGAGGGAUGUGUGGCCGAGGGGGAACUCGGUCUCUAGCUGGCGGACUCUGCGCACCUGUCCACCCGCAGUUUCAACUCGGACUUCCUGUGGCACCUCGGGCUCUGCCGUGGGUGACCUCCUUUCCCGUGCACUCGUGGGAACCAAAUGAAUAGUCUAAAAGUAAAUGAGUUUGAUGCUGCUCCAGAAGCAUCACCCAACCGAAAUCCUUCAGUGGAUUCGGGUCCUGGCUUUGUCAGGCUGAAAACCAGGCAAAAAAAGCUGCUGCGAAAGGCUCUUCAUGGAGGGCUGACCAGAGAAAAGGCUCUGGAGGUGGUGCAAGCUCUUCCCAUAGUUAAGGGACUCCUACCCGAUCCUUAUGGAAUCCAAGCCGCCAAUCUGUGCCCCUCGGGUUUAGUUGAGUGCGUGAGAAUCGGCUUAGCUGCGGAGUCUGCUGGGACUUCCCUGACCAGCGAGCAAAUGACCAUGAUCAAGGAGGCCAUUAUCGACGUGACCGUGGAGCAAUCUGGCAGUCAGAAGCCCCAGUUCGAGGGAUGUGUGGCUCGAAGAGGAUGGCUUCUUGUGACUUGUUCCAACUCCUCCACCUCAGAAUGGUUCAAACAAAAUUUUUGCCAUAUCCAGUCGAAAGUAACCACUAAACUGAAGCUAAUGGAUGAGUCUGAACUGCCAAGAAGGAAUGUCGUCCUCGGAUAUUUUCCAGAUAGUCUAACCACCAGCAGCCAGAAGGUCCUGGAAAUCAUUCAGGCCCAGAACCCAGUCUCAACGGCGGAAUGGAGGGUCAUGAACAGGUUGACCCACGGUGAGCUACUGCACCUUUCCAUGGCAGUUGACAAUGAAUCGCACAAGAAACUGAUCGAACUGAAUGGAACCAUAUCCUUUCGAUUCGGGCGUGUAAAACUUUGUUUGAAAAACUCCCUCGAUAAGAAAUCAGUACUAAAUGGUAGAAAAGAAACAUCGCCAAAUAGAAAAUUCCUGGAGAAAGCUGCUAUAAGUCGGGAAAUUGUGCCUACUCCUCAGGAACCUGUGAUCACAAAUGUUAGUCCAUGGAACCAAUCCAAUAAUCCUUGGCUUAGCCACAGCAAUCCAAGGAUGCAGUGGAAUCAACAACAGAUGCUCAGGUAUGAUCCUUACAGUCCAAGGGAACUUCCGCCGAAUUUUUUGUGUGCCAGCUAUUCAGGAUCUGGCUAUGGGAAUGAAGGAGACAGGAGGCUGAGACCUCGAACUUGGCCAGGAAACCACUAAUGAGCUAAGGGUUCCAAUACCAAAGGAAGAUAUUUAAAUCGACGAAACAUCUAUCUUAAGGAAGUACAGCGACUUGUCCUUCAUUUUCAGCAUCUUAUCUUGAG